GUAUGGGGGAAUCCCUCGGCCAGGGACAAAAAAUUGCGGGGUACAGCCAGCUUAUCGAAUACUUUUUCGCAGACCGAAGGAUCAAGAGAAGUCAACAGUGCAUUCCCAGAAUCCUUAAAGGAGCCUGUAUUGCGCAGGGUUCAAUUCUCUACCAUCUCGCGCAUAGAUAGUCUUGGUGUGUAUUUCCUUGUAUUCCUGAUCUAUGAGUUAUUAUUUGCUAAUCAGUUUUCGUUACAUAGUGGAUCAGGUAUUCGAGGUUAGUGAUUUUGUAUCCUGUCUCCAUGAUAGCAACUGACAUUUAGUAGGACUUCAAGCAAGAUUUCUAUCCUGGAGAGCGCGUAACAGUUCUUCUAUCCAACGGGUCGCGAAUACAUGGAAUAGUCAGGGAGAAGGCAAAGUUUCCUGAGGUUAUGCAUGAAGGCAGGGUUGAGCGCCGUGCAAGCUCGCGCUACCUGGUCAAACUCACAAAUCGCAAUAACGAAGAGGCCCUUGUUGAUGAUGAACACCUUGUCCGUGACAGGAAAGUAUUCACUAAACAGAUGUUACGUUCCUUCAUCAAGAAUACGGUCACACGAGAGUCAUGGAGCGGCGCCCCCUGGUUAGUCAAGCCUCAAAUUGCGGAACAUUUCCAUAUCGACACCGAAGUUCCCAAACACCUGCAGUAUGGCAACAAAGCUGGCAAAAAAGCCAAUGUAUCCGCCGAAAAGGAAGAAGAUGAGGCCAUGUUUGGCUUUUUUGCUUCCCAGAGUCGGCCGAUAAAUUCAAGAAAUAAGGGCCAAAAGGCAAAGUCAGCCCACGAACUCGCCAAGGCUAAGGAAGAACAGUACUUAGCGUACCGACGAGCUCUUAAUGGCAAUCCAUCUUUCAGGGUAGACAAAAAGGGCGUCAACAAGGAUGUUAUCCCACCUCCUGACCCCCACGAGAACUCUUUCAACGACCUCUCAAUUGUCAUCAAACAGAAAUCUCCCAGUCCAUUACCGCCGCCAAUUAAAUACCCCAUUGAGGAUUUAGACCUACCGCCCACAAGUGAUCGUCCACCUCGGCCAGCUUUGAAAUUCUUGAAUGAAGAUGAGGCCCGUGAGGAGGGAUCCAGCAUAAAGAUGAGUUCUAUUGGAGCUCUACUCGAAACCUGGAACACUUUGAAUGUCUAUUGUGAAGUUUUCCAGCUGGACUCCUUUACCUUUGAUGAUUUCGUGGAGGCAAUUCAAUUUUCCUCGGAUGACAUGGAUUGUGAGCUACUAGUAGAGAUUCAUUGCGCCGUGCUGAAGACGCUGGUCAAUGCUGAAUCAGAUCAAGAUGGAGCCGUUCAAAUCUCCCUUCCAGCUCUACCAGAAGAAGAAUCUGAAGCGGAGGAAGAAGAAAGCGAGCCGGAGCCGGAGCCGGAGCCGGAACCCCCAAGACGAACUACUAGAAGCAGCUUUGCAAAGGCGCAAGCAGAACUUGCUGAAAUGGAACAGCAGAAACCUCCUGAAACAGAAGCUGCGGAAGUCAAAAAACAUUGUGCGGCUGAUAUGUUUUUGGAAUACGACUGGAUCGAUCGCUUGCGAAAAAGAGACUUCAAAAAUGGCGGCUGGGAAAUGAUCCUUGUUGGUUUGCUAAACCGGUUAUCCUUAAAACCCAGGCUUAAGGAGGCUUGCGAGGAGAUAUUAGUUCAUAUGGCACCUUUGGACGCAGAUCCAACUCAAGAAACAGCCCGAAUCCAAUAUUCGACUCUGGACGUCAACCUCCGCAUUCAGAUUCUGCAGAUAAUUUGUAUGCUGACUGUUGAAACAAGAGCGGUGAAAAAUUAUAUGGAGGAAUGCAGUAACCAGAUGACCGAAUUCCGCAAGGAAAAAAUCGAACUUCAACGAGCUCGAAAAGUUGUCCUUGAAGAAAUUAGGCUUCUCCAUGAAGAGCGAAAGCAACUUGAGCCUGAGCAGCGGGAUACUCCAACUCAGCAGGAUGAGGAAAUGCUGGAUGCCCAGAUUGACGCUACAGACGACACUGAAAGCGCUGCGACAGAUUCGGAUGAGCCUACUGGUCCCUCUCUGAGAGGAGGAGUUGACAGAACCAUGGAACGUAAGCGGAAACAGGAAGCUGAAAAAGAACGAAAAGAACAGGCUACCAAGCAACCGAAAGGCUCAAAGCAGUACCAGCGAGUCCUAAAGAAAAUGGAGGAUGAAAAGAGCAAGGUUGCUUCCAUUGAAAGUGAAAUUGCAGUCCUAGAUAACGACCUGAGAGAAGCAGAUUGCCCACGGACCAGGGUCUUGGGCAAAGACCGCUUCUGGAAUCGCUAUUAUUGGUUUGAGAGAAAUGGGAUGCCCUACGAGGGUUUGCCUGACAGCUCUACUGCCUCAGCAAACUAUGCCAAUGGUCGUCUCUGGGUACAAGGUCCCGACGAAAUGGAGCGGGAAGGCUUUAUCGACGUUCCCGAACAAGUGAGCCAAGAAUACAAGCAGCGUUUCGGAACAACCGUUGCGAAACGGAAACAGGCUGAGGAAGGAUCUUCCGGUGUUUCUUCUGCUCAAGAAUGGGGUUACUACGAUACCCCCGAAGACCUGGAUAAACUGAUGGAAUGGCUCGAUACCCGCGGUGUGAGGGAGCUUAAACUUCACAAGGAAUUAAAGCUUCAGCGCAACCAUAUUGCGAAAUAUAUGGAAAACCGAACGGCUUACCUCGCGGAGAAAAAUGCCCCUGCAGAAGAGUCAAGCGAUCAACCGGCCAUGCGCAUGUCAACACGAACUAAGGGGCAGGCCACAUAUCAGAAACGUGGAUGUCUCAAAUGGCGAAAUCUGACAGCUUUGAAGGAAAUCGGUCAUUUGCAUGUUGAAUCAGCGCGGCCGACGAAACGCGCUAAGAAAGCUGCCGCUGCCGAAUCCGCAAAGGAAACCAGAAUGACUAAUCGCCAGGGCAGGCCUCUUGGUCGACAGGGCACGAGAUAAACCAUCUCUCCCAAAACUUCUUUUCUCUAUUCAUCUAUCCCCACCCAUACCGUCACUUUUUAUUUCGACCAUCAUCGCCCAUAACACGUCUCUUAACUGGAGCAUUGUUUCAUUUGGAUAUUAUCUUUAUUUUGCAUCACUAGACUUUCACAACCACGGGGAUUUAACGACUUACGACAUAUCUAUUGGCGAGGGUGGCUUGCAAAAAGAGAUAUAUAUAUUGCUUUCUGUUCUUUUUGUUCCUGGGACUGACUGCACUUAGCGACAUUUUGGUGUGGGCCGGAGCACGCACUGUUUUUCCCUCUCGUCUCUUAUAUUGGAAGAAUAUUACCGUGUAUAUUGUCUAUCCUGGUAGGAGUAGUCAGGUGUAUCUAUCAGAACUGAUCUGGCGGAAUAUCAGUUGGCGUCUGCCUGUUAACAAUAGAAUUCUUGUACUUUUGCUGCUUUCUUUUUGAUCAAUCCCAUUCCAUGGAAUUCAAAUAUCAAGGGGCUUCGGCUUUUCGGCACCGACUUCCGACC